AGCGAGGAGGCGCCGAUGAAGCAACGUGGACGUGUCGGUGUCUGUUAAGUCGAGUCCCUGGGGCCCCUGAGUCUUGAGUUUCCACCGCUGCCGCUGCCUUCAGACCGCCAUCUUGCCGCUGGAAGUCAAUAAAGUCCAGCAAGCUCUUUUACAAGUGAUUUUGUUACUGUUACAGUCCACCAGUGAAAAACCAGAUACCGUAUUUCAAGAGUUCUGGAAUCUGGGAAGUCCAAGAUCAAGGAUCCAAGAUCAAGCAGAUACGGUGUCUGAUGACUGGUAAGGGGAUCUUUACCCUUGGCUUGGUGUUGUCAGCACCAUGCUCUCCCAAGUGAGCCACGGGCCGGCCCUCAUACUCGUAUUCUUUAAUACCCAGCUUGACCCCUGGAUCUUCCACAGAGUGAUGAUGCGGGUCUGCUGGUUGGUGAGGCAGGACAGCCAGCACCAGCGAAUCAAACUUCCACACUUGGAAGCGGUUGUGAUUGGGCGUGGUCCGGAGACCAAGAUCACUGAUAAAAAAUGUUCUCGACAGCAAGUACAGUUGAAAGCAGAAUGUAACAAGGGAUAUGUCAAGGUAAAGCAGGUAGGGGUCAAUCCCACCAGCAUUGACUCAAUCAUAAUUGGGAAGGACCAAGAGGUGAAGCUGCAGCCUGGCCAGGUUCUCCACAUGGUGAAUGAACUUUAUCCAUAUAUUGUAGAGUUUGAGGAAGAGGCAAAGAGCCCUGGCCUGGAAACACACAGAAAGAGAAAGAGGUCAGGCAACAGUGAUUCUGUAGAAAGGGAUGCUGCCCAGGAAGCUGAGUCUGGGGCAGGGCUGGAACCUGGGAGCAGCCCUGGCCAGUGCUCUUUGCCCCCAAAGAAGGAGAAAGAUGCAUCUACCAAAAAGGAAUCACUGGGUCACUGGAGUCAAGGCUUGAAGAUUUCUAUGCAGGAUCCCAAAAUGCAGGUUUACAAAGAUGAGCAGGUGGUGGUGAUUAAGGAUAAAUACCCUAAGGCCCGUCACCACUGGCUGGUCUUACCUUGGGCCUCCAUUUCCAGUCUGAAGGCUCUGACCAGGGACCACCUUGAACUCCUCAAACAUAUGCACUCUGUGGGGGAAAGGGUGAUUGCAGAUUUUGCUGGGUCCAGCAAACUCUGCUUCCGGUUGGGCUACCAUGCCGUUCCCAGCAUGAGCCAUGUACACCUUCAUGUGAUCAGCCAGGAUUUUGAUUCUCCUUGCCUUAAAAACAAAAAGCAUUGGAAUUCUUUCAAUACAGAAUACUUCCUAGAAUCACAAGCUGUGAUCAAGAUGGUAAAGGAGGCUGGCAGAGUGACUGUCCAAGAUGGGAUGUCUGAACUCUUGAAGCUACCACUUCGUUGUCAUGAGUGCCAGCAGCUGCUGCCUUCCAUUCCUCAGUUGAAAGACCACCUCAGGAAGCACUGGACAAAGUGAUUUUACAGAGCUGGAACUUCCAGCAAGUGUGGCCGAUUCUCUGCUGGCACCUGUCUGGGUUGCUUGCAAACUUCUACUCAUGUGUGUAAAUACUUAUCUAAUGCAGGAUAUAGAAGCAGAGGGCCGGUUAUAUACCUCUGUUCUUCACAUUUAUCCCCCCUCCCCAGAGGCAUGUGGCACUUUUUCAUCAGAGCAGCCAGAGUGGUCUCUUGUUUAGUGGUCUCUUGUUUAUCCUCAAGGCACUGGUAGGUCUUAUUCUAUGAUCUUAAUCUAUUCUGUAAUAUUCUUCUUCCCUCCUUCAUGGGGAGCCUUACUUUCUCCUGUCUCUUCCACUCCCUUCUAUCCAAGAUCACCUCAAUACUGCCUUCUCAGAAAGUCUGUCUCAUUUGUUCUUCCUUGUGAGCAAAGAGGCUAGAUGAGGGGGUGGAGGGUGGGGUUUUCUUCUAAUAUCAGGGGUUCCUGGCUGGUGAGUAAACACUUUGCCCAUGUUCAUCACAGUUCAGCUGUCAGGUCUUCUUGUUGGCCUGCUUGGAUCUGUUGCCUGAAAAUAAAGUUCAUUUGUUUGAGGCAUCUCUCCUAAGUGAUUAAAAACUAUCAGAAGUUCAGCUGACAGUCAGUUCUAAUGCAAGAAAAAGUAGUUGGUGAAUGAAAAAGUUUCAUAGAACAACAGUUUUAUUUCUCCCUGAGAACAAAUUUGGAUGGAACUGUUCUAUCAAGUUGGUUUUUGGGUAAUAUCGGAACCAAAGCUAAAAAAUUGUUUUUGAUCAAAUCGUUGAUAUAUUUGGGGAUAUGACCUUUCACUCGAGUUGUAAAAAAAGAACACUCUUUUAACAAAAGCUUCUCUUUGGUGAAAGAAAACCUCAAUCCUCAGAGACCGUAUUUGACUUCAGUCUAUUUCACAAGUAAACAAGAUGCCAUAGUGGUUGCUUGGUGAGCUUGGGUAUAGUAAUAAUUAGUAGUAAUUAAUGAUUAUAGCAGCUAACAAUUGUUCAACUCCUAUGUGUCCAGGAUUAUGCUAAGCAAAUUAUCUCAUUUAAUUCUCACCAUAGGAACUCUGUGAGGUAGGUACUAUUGUUGUGCCCCUUUAAAGGAUGAGGAUCUAAUAUUCUUUUUUAAAAUAAUUGGUUAUGAAUAUUCAUGAGAUACAAAGCUGAUUGUCACCCCUCGUGCCCAAGAUGCGAAGGCCAGAUCCAUAUUGGCAGCAUGCACCUUACCACAAAUUGUGUUUGUACUCCAUGUCCCUCACCCAAUUAUCCCCCACCUCCCCCACUACCCCAACUCCGCUUUGUAUCCCAAGGUAUGUUCUCUUCUUUUGCAAGCCCAACGCAUCACUGUGGACUUUCUUUCCUUCUUUCUUUCUCUCUUAGCUCCCAUUAUGAGUGAGUACAUGUGGUGUUUAUCCCUCUGUGCUUUGCUUAUUUCACUCAACAUAAGUUUCUCCAGCCUCAUCCAUUUUGUUGGAGGAUCUAAUAUUCUAUAAAAGGUCCUGGGCUACAAAGUCAGUGUUGGUUCUGAGGCAUCAAACUCAUUAUUUUCCCUGUCAGCUGAACAGCAUAAAUGUGGGAAUAACUAGCAGGGGCCAUAGAACCCAGGGACCUUGGGCCUGUGCUGAUCAAAAGCUUUUCAUGUUGUUUCAUUGAUUUCCUCAAGGCCAGCAAGUUCCUUUAAAGGCCCCUUUUUAAAGGCCCCCUGUUAUUACCCAACCUUUCAUCUCUGUCCUCUGUUCCUUCUGUACUCCAGGAAUGUAAUCCUUACCUCAUUAGCCCACCUGUCCGUUCCUUCUGUCUGGCUUGACCUUGGACCCUUGAGCCCGCCUGAUCAUCUGUUUCCUCUCCUGUAGUGGUCGCCUGCUGACCCAGUUGCCUGUUGGGUUCUUCUUAACCCAGCUGUAGUGGCGAUGUGGCUCCAUAACCUCCCAUUUGCUGUCAUCAGGUACCAGGCAUUGAAACUCUUCAGAAUCAUGGGCAUAUAAGAACAGGCUCUGGAUUCAGAGCUGGGUCCCAGUCCCACGUUACUCAGAGCUGAGGGUUCUUGAGUAAGUCACUUAUUUUCUCUGACCUUCAUAUUCACAUGUGUAAAUUGGCAUAACAGGGUUGAGUUAUAAGGAUAAAAUAAAAUAAUCCAUGUAAAGGG